AGGACUUCCGGCUGUCGAGUUCCCGUCUCGCCACGGAUCGGGGCACAGACGCUCGGAGCGGUGGCCCCGGGGACUCCUGCCCAGGCCGUCCCGCUGCCCCCCAGCCCCGCCGGUUCCCCUGGGGGUCGAGUCUGCGGAGGCCGGAGGUCAGGUGCCCCGCCAGGCCCGGGGGAGCCGGCGGUGUGUGCGGCGGACGGCCUCUGCCGGCGGGGCGAGGGGAGCAGUGACAGCGGGGAGCUUGAGCUCCGCCGCGACCCACAGCCCCUGCGACUUCACUCGGGCCACCAGAGCAACGUACCACAGGCAGGAACUUACCUGGGCGUCUGCAACCAGGUGGCGGUCAAGUCCGUUUUCGGGGAGGGCCGCUCGCUGGCCUGUCACCGUCCUCACAGCGGAGAGCGGGCGCUGGUCUCUGCUCACCAGGGCCCCGAGCCCAUCACGGGCCCCAUCCUCGCGGCCUCAUCUAACCCCACUCCCUCACCUCCCAGCCAUCGGGCCAGGGCUUCCUUCCACAUGUGACUCUUCAGGACACACACAGUCAGUCCACAGCACUUUCAUUUUUUCUUUUUUAAUCCUCACCCGAGGGUAUUUUUUUUUCAUUGCUUUUUAGAGAGAGUGGAAGGAAAGGAAGUAAGAGAGGGGGAGAAAAAGAGAGAGAAACAUUGAUGUGAGAGAGACACAUCAUUGAUUAGUUGCUGGGGAUCAAACCUGCAACCCAGGCCCCGCCAUGUCCGGGUCUCAGGCCCCAGAGCCAGCCCUGAACGUGCAGGGAGACUCCACAACCGCCACGGGGGACGAGGCCGCUGCCGACGACGACGACGGGACCCAGCACUCGCAUCGCAUGCUCAGCUUCAGCGACGCACUGCUGUCCAUCAUCGCCACCGUCAUGAUCCUGCCUGUGACCCACACGGAGAUCUCCCCUGAGCAGUUUGACCAAAGCAUCCAGAGACUUCUAGCGACCAGGAUCGCCGUCUACCUGAUGACGUUCCUCAUCGUGACUGUGGCCUGGGCGGCACACACGAGGUUGUUCCAGGUUGUUGGGAAAAUAGACGACACCCUGGCCUUGCUCAACCUGGCCUGCAUGAUGACCAUCACCUUCCUGCCCUUCACGUUUUCCCUGAUGAUGGCCUUCCCGGAGGUGCCGCUGGGCAUCUUCCUGUUCUGUGCCUGCGUCAUCGCCAUCGGGGCCGUGCAGGCGCUGAUCGUGGUGUAUGCCUUCAGCUUGCCCCACCUCCUGAACCCCCAGAUCGGGCGUUCCGCCCACCGGGGCCUCUACCGGCGGCACAUCCUGCACAUCGUCCUCCGAGGCCCAGCUCUGUGCUUCCUGGCCGCAGGCUUCUCCCUGUUCUUCUACCCGGUGUCGUACCUGCUGAUGGUGAUGGUCAUCUUCCUCCCCUACGCCAGCAAGGCGGCCAGCUGGUGCAGAGGCAGGCUCCUGGGCCCCCGGGAGCCCCCAGCCCCCAGCGUGGAGUUCUUCACCUUUGACCUGCAGGAGCCACUCAGCAAAGAGCGGGUGGAGGCCUUCAGCGACGGGGUCUACGCCAUCGUGGCCACGCUGCUCAUUCUGGACAUCUGCGAGGACAACGUCCCGGACGCCAAGGACGUGGAGGAGAAGUUCCAGGGCAGCCUGGUGGCCGCGCUGAGCGUGGACGGGCCGCAGUUCCUGGCCUACUUCGGCUCCUUUGCCACCGUGGGCCUGCUCUGGUUCGCCCACCACUCCCUCUUCCUGCACGUGCGCAAGGCCACGCAGUCCAUGGGGCUGCUCAACACGCUCUCGCUGGCCUUCGUGGGCGGCCUGCCCCUGGCCUACCAGCAGACCUCGGCCUUCGCCCGGCGGCCGCGCGACGAGCUCGAGAGCGUGCGCGUCAGCUGCGCCAUCAUCUUCUUCGCCAGCGUCUUCCAGCUGGCCAUGUGGACCGCGGCGCUGCUGCGCGAGGCGGAGACGCUGCGGCCCUCCGCACGGUUCGGGGGCCGGGAGCACGCCUUCAUGUGCGCCAAGCUGGCGCUGUACCCCUGCGCCAGCCUGCUGGCCUUCACCCUCACCUGCGUGCUGAGCAGGUUCAGCACGGCCAUCUUCCACAGCAUGCAGAUCGCCGUGCCCUUCGCCUUCCUGCUGCUGCGGCUCCUCGUGCGCCUGGCGCUGGCCCUCCUGCGGGCCCUGCGGGGCCUGGCCCCGCCCGCACGGGACACCCUGGACCCGAGGGCCCCACUGCUCCCUGCCCCCUGCUAGCACCGCCCCUGCCAGGACUCGGCUUUGUGGGGACACGCGCCCAUCUGUGUCCUGGGCCCACCCAGGCAGGUGGGUGUGCUGUGGCCCUGGGUCCUCGGUGCCAGGCAGGCCGUCCUGGGACCCCAUGGCCCGGCCUGGCCCACCCUCCCCACAGUGGUCCUGACGCAGAGACAGGAGGGAGACGAGGGA